AUGAUAGAGUCAGAGUUUGUCUCCUGUGAAUUAGCCAAAACAUUGGCUCGUGAAGAAGGAAUUGAUUACCCUCUCCCAGUGCCAUUGAGGAGCCUCAAGACAGCAAUAAUCCAGGAACGGCAGCAAAAUCUUCCCGACUUGAGUUUUUCCUUCGCUAUUGGUAAUCAUUUCUGGAAUUCCCGGUUCUCCCACCGCACACUGCACCAAGCAGACAUCUCCCAAGGCUCUCCCACCGCACACUGCACCAAGCAGACAUCUCCCAAGGCUCUCCCACCGCACACUGCACCAAGCAGACAUCUCCCAAGGCUCUCCCACCGCACACUGCACCAAGCAGACAUCUCCCAAGGUUCUCCCACCGCACACUGCACCAAGCAGACAUCUCCCAAGGCUCGCCCACCGCACACUGCACCAAGCAGACAUCUCCCAAGGCUCGCCCACCGCACACUGCACCAAGCAGACAUCUCCCAAGGCUCGCCCACAGCACAGUCACCAAGCAGACAUCUCCCAAGGCUCUCCCACCGCACACUGCACCAAGCAGACAUCUCCCAAGGCUCGCCCACCGCACACUGCACCAAGCAGACAUCUCCCAAGGCUCGCCCACAGCACAGUCACCAAGCAGACAUCUCCCAAGGCUCUCCCACCGCACAGUCACCAAGCAGACAUCUCCCAAGGCUCUCCCACCGCACACUGCACCAAGCAGACAUCUCCCAAGGCUCGCCCACAGCACAGUCACCAAGCAGACAUCUCCCAAGGCUCUCCCACCGCACACUGCACCAAGCAGACAUCUCCCAAGGCUCGCCCACCGCACACUGCACCAAGCAGACAUCUCCCAAGGCUCUCCCACCGCACACUGCACCAAGCAGACAUCUCCCAAGGCUCUCCCACCGCACACUGCACCAAGCAGACAUCUCCCAAGGCUCGCCCACCGCACACUGCACCAAGCAGACAUCUCCCAAGGCUCGCCCACCGCACAGUCACCAAGCAGACAUCUCCCAAGGCUCGCCUACAGCACAGUUCACCAAGCAGACAUCUCCCAAGGCUCGCCCACCGCACAGUCACCAAGCAGACAUCUCCCAAGGCUCUCCCACCGCACACUGCACCAAGCAGACAUCUCCCAAGGCUCGCCCACCGCACAGUCACCAAGCAGACAUCUCCCAAGGCUCGCCCACCGCACAGUUCACCAAGCAGACAUCUCCCAAGGCUCGCCCACCGCACAGUCACCAAGCAGACAUCUCCCAAGGCUCGCCCACCGCACAGUUCGCCAAGCAGACAUCUCCCAAGGCUCGCCCACCGCACAGUCACCAAGCAGACAUCUCCCAAGGCUCGCCCACAGCACAGUCACCAAGCAGACAUCUCCCAAGGCUCGCCCACAGCACAGUCACCAAGCAGACAUCUCUAAACUGUUCACCUUAUAUUUCUGCUCCACAUAUUUAUCAACACGAGUAA